AUGAUAACAGCUGUUACAAAUACAAUAAAUGGUUCAAAUUUAAAUAAUGCACUAAUUGAACAAACUAUUCGAGCUGUGUUAUAUGCCAUAUCUAAUGAAGAUAUGAUUUAUGAAAUAUCAUUUAAUAUAAAACAUAAACGGAUAAUAAUACAUGUUUUUCGUACAGCUGAUGGUCAACAAAUAGGAGAUACGAGAUGUCCAGCAAAAGUUCAACGAACAAUCACAACACAAGAUGGACAAACAUUAGUUGUUGGAUACGAAGAUGAAGCUGUUCAAAUGUUUUUUAUAAUUCAUUGA